UACUAUUUAAAAAUCCAUUCCGAUCAGAACGAUGGAUAACGAGUUGAAGGCAGAAAAUUUCCUCUUAAACGGAGGGCAAAACGAAGAAGUCACCAACCAAACAUACCAGCCAGUUAAACAUCACUGGUUCUUCAAGAGAAGCCUCGACGAGUCAAAAGAAAUUUGGUUGCCUUUCAGUAAAAAGGAUAGUGCUGCACUUGAAGAGGCAUAUGUUUCUGAAAAACCAACUCCAGAAAAAAUCGUGGCCACUGAUGGUGGUAGAUUCGACGUCAAUAUAGAAUUAAGAAUCAAGACACCUGUUUACUGGAAAGGGGAACCCAUAGAAGUCAGAAGAUGCUCCUGGUUUUACAAGUCAUCGACCAGUGCCAAAUACCUUCCAUAUCAGGAACAUAUUGCUGCUAAUCUAGAGAUAGAAUACAAAAGCUGUUUUGACAAUAAGAAAUGGCACAAACGAAUUGAACUCCCGAGUAGGGAUACCAUUGUCCUCCAUUCCCAUGAUGUUAUAGUUCUAUUUCCACCCUCAAUUCCAACAGACGAUUGGAAUCAGACACCCACGCAAGAAAGGCCUAGAGUAGUUAGGAGGGGCGUUGAAGGAUUUGACAUAGAAGAGGGCGAGCUAGAAAAAGUAGAUCAUCUCCUCUUCAUGGUUCAUGGAAUAGGUUCAGUAUGUGAUCUCAAAUUCAGAACUGUUUAUGAAGUUGUUGAUGUAUUCAGAAGCACAUCACUCCAAUUAUUGAGGUCCCACUAUCAAUCAUCCUGUGAGAAAGGCACGGCAAACAGACUCGAAGUUCUACCAAUAAGCUGGCACGAUGAACUGCAUUCAGAAGACACUGGUGUUGAUAAGAGAUUAAAAAGCAUUACACUAGAUAGUAUGUCAACCUUACGUGAAUUCACGAACGACACAUUACUGGAUAUAUUGUUCUACACCAGUCCAUUAUAUUGUCAAAAAAUCAUAUCAACAGUAGGCAACGAAUUAAAUAGGUUAUUCGAACUUUUUAAGAAGAGAAACCCUAGUUUCAAAGGACGGGUAUCUCUAUGUGGACACAGUUUAGGUUCCCUUAUUCUAUUCGAUUUAUUAUCGCAUCAGCAAUCUCCUGAAAAAGAUUCGAAGGAAGCUUGCAACGCUGGUCAAAGUAUCAAACCUGAUAGGAGGAUAAGUCAUAUGUAUGGAGCUACAGGAGCUGGUAUAACAAGAAUUCAUUACCCCCAACUAACGUUUCAACCGAAAGCGUUGUUUGCUAUGGGUUCACCUAUUGGUAUGUUUGUCACUGUGAGAGGCCUAGAUUCUCUUGGCGAGGAUUUUGCACUACCAAAUUGCGAGAGCUUUUUCAACAUAUUCCAUCCCUAUGAUCCAGUGGCUUAUAGAAUUGAAUCGCUGAUUAAUCCUAAGUUGGCAUCAGUGAAACCAAUGCUGAUCCCUCACCACAAAGGCAGGAAAAGGAUACAUUUGGAAUUGAAGGAAACGUUAUCAAGAGUUGGCGCGGACCUCAAACAAAGGGUUGUCGACUCAGUCAAACAUACAUGGAACUCGUUAUUCCAGAUGGGAGUCGUCCCGGCUUAUGGGCCAGCCUUGGAAGAAGACACAAGGGUUAUAGAGGAAGAGGAGGUAGAAGAAACGAGUAAAAACAUCGAACCCGAACCACCUCUAACGGAAUCGGUUGGCAUACUCAACAAAGGUAGAAGAGUUGAUUAUGUGCUGCAGGAAUCUCCAUUCGAACUAUUCAGCGAAUACAUAUCAUCAUUAAGGAGUCACGUUUGCUAUUGGGAAUCCGAGGAUACAAUGCUUUUCAUUUUGAAGGAAAUAUACUCCACUAUGGAGGUGAAGCCAGAUAGCCAAAUACCACAGGCCACAAUGACGAUAGAAAGACCACUCGACGCUGGUAGUAGGAGAGGCUCUGCGGUCAUCACCACACCUCCAGUUUCAUCUCAAAUAGAGCAAAAUGUCAAUGGUACCACGUAGUUCAGGAUGCCUUCGUAGCUAUAAGUAAACAUUCAACAAAUAUUGUGAUGUAGCCUAUAUAAAUUUAUGUCUAAUGUUGUAAGUAAUUUAUACCGACUCCUUACUAUGAGAUUCAGUUGGAGAAUUUAGGAAGAUAUAGUGUCAAUUGUACUUAGAUCAUUUAAUAAUAAAGUUAUUUUUUUCA